AUGGUAACAGAUGAGACAUAUGCAGACGAUAUCAACAACAAGAUUUUCAAUUCUCUGGCUGACGUAUUCCAGCAAGCUCAGGAAUCGUAUGCAGGGCAUCGCAAACAUAUUGUUGUAUUGAAAAAGAUACAAUCAAAGGCUACUGCUCAAGGUUAUUCAGAUGCAUUUAACUAUUGGUUUAAUAAACUUGUCACUAGAGUGUUACCCCUUAAGAAAAGUGAGAUAAUAGGUGAUAGGAUUAUUAAAUUAAUUGCAGCAUUCAUUGCUUCUUUGGAUAAAGAAAAUGAGUUGAUAAGUAAUAAUAGGAAGAAGGAAUCUUCAAAUUCCGAUGAAGAAUCUGAUAAUAAUCAGAGUUUAGAAGUUGAUCUAUCUGAAAAGGAAAAAACUACCUCAAAAUUUAUUGAUGGUUUUAUAAGGCAUACAUUAAGAGGGGUAGAAAGUAAAGAUAAGAAUGUGAGAUUUAGAGUGAUGCAAUUAUUAGUCGUAAUUAUGGAUAAUAUUGGAGAGAUUGAUGUUAAUCUUUAUAACUUAUUGAUGUGGUCGCUAAAGAAAAGAAUAUAUGAUAAAGAACCUAUUGUACGUAUUCAAGCUGUUUUCUGUUUAACCAAACUACAAAGCGAUGAUGAAGAUAACGACCAAGAUAUGGAUGAAGAAUCGGCUGAAACAAAAGCUACCGAUACCUUAAUGCAAUUAAUACAGAAUGAUCCCUCUGCAGAAGUUAGGCGUGCAACAAUGUUAAAUAUUGUAAAUAAUGAAAAUACUAGAGCACACAUUCUGGAGAGAGCAAGGGAUAUAAACCCAGUAAAUAGAAGAUUGGUUUAUUCAAGAGUGUUAAAAUUGAUGGGUAAAAGAUGUUUCACAGACUUAAAUCCAAGAAUCUUAGAUCAAUUGAUGGAAUGGGGGUUAGAGGAUAGAGAGGAAAAUGUAAGAAAAGCAUGUCAAAGAUUAAUGUCUAAUCAUUGGGUUGGCCUGUUUAAUGGUGAUCUGAUCGAGCUUUUAGAGCAUCUGGAUGUGGUGAACUCAAAGAGCGCAGUAACAAUGAUCAAUAGUCUUUUCUCAUUAAAACCAGAGAUUUUAUCACAGAUUAAAUUGACAGAGGAAAUAUGGAAUAAGCUGACUGUUGAAUUCGUAUUUUUAUUCCGUUGUUUCUUCAUUUAUUCUUCAGAAAAUAACUUAAUCGAGGAUAUCGAUGGUAGUUUUCCAGAGGCUUCUCGUCUAGCAAAUUACUUGGAUAUUUAUAUAUCCAAGAGAUUUUUGGAAGAAGAAAAGACGAGUUUGUCACCUAUCGAUAAAACACACUUGGAAUUUAUUAUAGAGCAAUUGUUGAUAACUGCGCAUAGAUACGACUAUAGUGACGAGAUCGGUAGGCGGUCAAUGUUAACAGUGAUUAGAAAUAUGCUUAAUAUUACAGAGUUACCUGACUCAUUAAUAAAAUCUGGACAUGAAGUUUUGAAAUGUUUAUCCAUAAAUGAAAAGGAUUUUAUAUCCAUGACUAUUGAAAUAAUUAACGAUAUUAGAGACGACGACAUUGAAAGUCAGGAACAAGAAGAAAAUGAAGAAAGAGCUAAACAAACAAACGAAAGGUCUCAACCCUCUAUAAAUAACGAUGAUGAUGAUGACGAUGAUGAUGCUGUUGGCUCAUUCCAUUCUGCGGUAGAGAAUUUAGUUAAUGGCAAUGAAGAAAUUAAUGAAGAGGUGUUAGGUAGCAUACAGCCAGAAAGGGAGGCAAGACCUCAAGCCAUCUUAUUAUGUUUAACAAGAGCAUGUCGUAUGCUAGAAUUGGUCACUGAAAAUGUUUCAGGGAACAUUUUAAUAACGUCGUUGAUUGAUACCUUAAUCACGCCUGCUGUUAGAAAUAGUGAAUCUACCAUCCGUGAACUAGGUGUUAAAUGUUUAGGCCUUUGCUGUCUAUUAGAUCUUCAGUUAUCGAUUGGGAGUAUGUAUAUCCUUGGGAUGUGUAUUUCAAAGGGUAAUGCAUCACUUAAAUACAUUGCAUUACAAGUCAUUGUUGAUAUAUUUUCUGUUCAUGGUACAGCCGUAGUAGAUGGUGAUGGCAAAGUGGAUUCGAUAUCCAUUCAUAAGAUUUUUUACAAAGUAUUGAAAAACGAUGAACAUAGGGAAUGCCAAGUGGUUGCAGCUGAAGGGUUGUGUAAGUUGUACUUGGCAGAUAUAUUUACAGAUGACGAUUUGUUUGAGGCUCUGAUUUUGUCUUAUUUUUCUCCAGUUAAUUCUACUAAUGAGGCUUUAGUUCAGGCAUUCGCCUUUUGUAUUCCAGUUUACUGUUUUUCACACCAAAUUCAUCAGCAACGUAUGGGUCGCAUUGCAUCUGAUAUGUUUUUAAGAUUGUGUAUACUGUGGGACGGUCUUCAGAACUCUAGUGACCCAGAAGUUGAUAAAGAGAAAAUGAUGAAGCCCAACAUGAUAUUUCAGCAACUGGUAUUCUGGACAGAUCCAAGAAAAAUUGUAAACCAAUGUGAAGAAAAUUAUCGAUCAGAUGUCUCCCAAUUGAAGUUUUUAUUAGAAAUUCUUAAAGCCAUUACUCAAAUUGAGAAUAGGGCCAUCAAAAGAAUGAUCUUAACGAAUCUAAAUACAUUUUAUGUUACUUCAUAUCAAGAUACAGAAAUUCUCGAAGAGCUCUUAAUGCAUCUAGAGGAUAUAUUAGAAAAUGAACAAAUAGACACCAUUAGCAGAAAUUCUUUAGAGAAAUUUAAAAACACUGUAGUGGACGUGAUAGAAGUAGCACGGUGUAACCACUCUAUUCAUGAAUCUAAAACUUCGGUGGCAUCCGAUGAAUUAACUACCGAACAGUACUCUCAAAUAUUAGAAUCAUCUCAAAUUAUCGAUAAUGAAAUAAAUGCCGACAAUGAAUACGAAGGGAAUAUAUUAGAGAGUAAUAAUUUAGUUAAUGAUGAUAAUGAUAACAAGGUUAAUGAUUCUAUAUCGAAACCUGACAGCGCAAAGAAAAGAAGCAGAAGUACGAUGGAAACGGGCGAUGAAAUAAUAAAUAAAAUACCGUCCAAAAACUUGGUUACUAAGAAUGUCAGUUUUGCAAUAUCUUCCAAGUCUAGUGAUGAGAGUCAAACUGGACAAGAAAACGAAAGUUAUAUUGAAAGGCAUAGUGAUAGUGAUGUCAGUAUGGAAGACUGA